GCUGAUUCUUCGUGUCUUUGACAAUUGUGACUACUUUGAAUCUUGUUUUUUAAUCAGUCUUUGUGCAGACGGUGUUUUUCAGUAGUGAUGGUGUGGUAGUUUCUACUACUUGGUUCUGUUAGUACACAGCCGUCAGAACCCAGCAGCAGAGGAGGUUCUGUGUGAUGCUUUCUGACUUCACGCUGCUCUACGCUUGACGCAGUGAUGGAUGAGGAAGAGGAGGGGUCAAGAGAGACCACUGACUUCACUGAGGCGCCAGCGCUCUGUUUGCUGAAGCAGCCUGCGUAUGUUGACGUCCUCACACACUCGCUUUGCUGUUGUGCCUUUCUCUCUUUCAUUCUUGGAUAUAAAUGACUUAUUGCCAAAUGGUUUCCUCAGAUUUUACAGCCGAGGAGAAGAUGGAGAUUGAGAACAUUAAGACGUAUAAGAAGGAUCUUCUGGAUGAUAUCCAGAAGCUAAAGCUGGAGAUAGACAGCGUGAUGGCGGAAAUACUCAACUUUGAAUCUACAGAGGAAAACAAAACAGCUGAGAAGAGCAGAAGGUUCUCGAAUGGAAAGAAGAAAUUCAACAUGGACCCUAAAAAGGGCAUCAAUUACUUGGUGGAAAAUAAACUGCUGGACGGAGAUGCUCGGUCCAUUGCAGAGUUUCUCUACAAGGAGGAGGGACUCAACAAGACGGCCAUUGGUGACUUUCUUGGGGAAAGGGAGGAUCUGCAUCUUCAGACGUUGAAGGCGUUUGUAGAGCUGCACGAGUUCUCUGACCUCAACUUGGUCCAAGCUCUCAGACAGUUCCUGUGGAGCUUCCGUCUGCCCGGUGAAGCCCAGAAGAUCGACCGCAUGAUGGAGGCCUUCGCCACGCGCUACUGCGACUGCAACGCCCUCGUGUUCCAGUCGACAGACACAUGCUACAUCCUGUCCUUCGCCAUCAUCAUGCUGAACACCAGCCUCCACAACCCCAAUGUGAAGGAUAAGACCACCCUGGAGCGCUUCAUCUCUAUGAACAGAGGCAUCAACAACGGGGAGGACCUCCCCAACGAUCUGCUCUCGAAAUUGUUUGAGAGCAUUCGCAAUGAGCCUUUCAAAAUCCCAGAGGAUGAUGGGAAUGAUCUGACUCACACCUUCUUCAACCCUGACAGAGAAGGAUGGCUCCUCAAACUCGGAGGCCGAGUGAAGACGUGGAAGAGGCGCUGGUUCAUCCUGACUGACAACUGCCUCUACUACUUUGAGUUCACCACUGAUAAAGAACCCAGAGGAAUCAUCCCUCUAGAGAAUCUGUGCGUGAAAGAGGUGCCACAUCCUCGUAAACCAUACUGUCUGGAGCUGUACAACCCCAACAGUCGAGGCCAGAAGAUCAAAGCCUGUAAAACGGAGACAGACGGUAGAGUGGUGGAGGGAAAACACCAGUCGUACACGAUCUGCGCCUCCACCGCUGAGGAGCGAGACUCCUGGAUCGAGGCCAUCAGAGCGAGUAUCACCAAAGACCCGUUCUACGACCUGGUGUCUGUGCGUAAGAAGAAGGUGAUAAACCAGGCCCCUCAGGACUGAGGCCCCUUUCAGCUGGAUUAAGAGCUGCAGAGAGGACAGUGGAGUCCAGACGCUGAUACUGGUUUUUCAGGCUGAGAAUUGCGGUAGUUCUUUUUCCACUUCUCCUUUUGCAGAACCAGCUUAAUGGCGUCGAGGGUGAAAAAUGUAAACUCACUUGUGUAGCUCUCAUUGUGAGCAUGAACAAUGCACUGAUGACAGAUUUUGUGGGGAAGACGUAGAUUUUGUAUUUGUCUGUGUACAGAUGUGUAGGUGCUGCGCGUUUAUAAUCUCCUGCUGUGACAGGACUGUCGCUCUGUGUUGGAUGCAGCUCUGUGGAUCAGGAAGACAAGGAGGCGCGGUCACCGUUGGUAAUAACGCCUUCCUUCACAGGCUCAGGGUUCACACCGUAACAACCUUGCCUCUACGCUUCAGGGCAUUUAAUGUUCAUUUCAACGGUGUGAUUUUAAGAUUGGUGCCUAUGAAAAAAUUUCGGUUUCUACCUUUUUACUUACUACUUUACUAUAAUCUUUAUAGAAUGAAAGGAAUCACCUUGAAACGUCUGCAUUUCUAAACAUUUCACUUUUUGUGCAAUACUGUAAAUGUAACGAGUUUAAUGUAAAUACCUUGUUGCAUGAAUGUAAGUAAUGUGUUUGAUGUAAAAAGUGUUUUAAUGAUAUUUAAUAAAGUAUUUGAACAACUUCUAGACAUUAAAGACUGCAUCCUGUUGUUUUCAAGAAUAAAUUUGACAGCUGGGUUUUUGCUUCA